AUGUUGCCGAUUCCUCACAAGCUCGGGCGGUUAUCUCUGGGUGAUGUUCAGAGACCCCUCGCCCAUGUGAAGCACGAAUUUAGGCCGAUGAAUGACAAUCUGUAUGUUGGACUACAGGAGAAAGUGCAGGAUGAGGCGAAGAUAGAACGUAUGGACACUCCACCCACCGGUCCCAUUGGCGAUGACCUACCAGAUGGCAUUAUUACUUCUAUUCGAGGGCGGAAUAAUUCACCGCUGUGUGGAUUGCAGUGGAGGAGGGGGAUGUGCGGGGGAUUGGCCAAGGGAUGCCGGCAUUCGUCGAUAUUCUUUUCUGCCCUGCCUGCUGAUUGGGGAGGAAACCCAACCAUCUGUCUGCCCUUUUCCCUAGUGGCUGCUGGGCUGCAAGAGGAGAUCCGUCAGCCAUUUCCAGCCACGAAACAGAUAGGCUUCAACAGUUUAUCGAACUUGGGGGGUUCGAAACAUCCACCGCGACUAUGGCCUUUUUCUCCUCGAGCUGCAGAUUCUCCUGGGUGGAAGAACAAUAAUGGAACAGGGUUAAGUCGCACCAGUGUUGGCGGCCACAGUCGGACAGCACAAACCUCAAUAAUCGCCCCAGUAAUAGCUCCACUAGACAGGCCACUAGCAGCACCAUCCCAGCCAGCCUGGGACGCUAACGAGCAGCCCCCCUCUCUUCGAUCCGUCCUUCGCGGUAGUGGAGCCGUUGAGUGUUUUCGGCCACCCAACGUCAGCGGCACCGGCCAACGGAGGGGUAUUUGGGACUUGGCGUGUCCAAGCCAUGGGAACCUAACAGAUCCCAAGCCUAUGUGGAAAAUCACCCCAACACCGACUAGCAUCCACUUGCAGCUUAGCGCUCCAGCUGUUGAAAGUUGGCAAUCCUCAACUCUGACCUCCCCGGUACCGCCCGCCAAGCGCCUAGCUCAACCGGCUGCCAUCCGCAUUCUGACAAAAACCUUUGUGAUUGAAGGGGGGAAGUCUCGUGCAGAUUUUUGCCGAUGGAUCGAAACCGCUGGCAGUCGCCAAUUGUCCGGGGGAUCUGCCAUCGUCUUCGAGAAAGGCGAGAGAUUUUCGAUCCGUCAACUAAGAUCCGAGGCCGGGAACGGCGGGAAGGGGUCAUCGAUAGCAGGAUAG